CGCUCUGACGUCACAGCUGUGUCUCACAUUCUUAGUCAGAGUACUUAGCGAGUGAGGAGGAGAGAGUGGAAUUGCAUUUUCGGAUAUUUUCAUUUUGGAGUUAAUAACUAUGGGAGACGAACAGCCGGAAACCUUCAUGGUGCGUCUGCAAAGGCCAGACUCGGGCCUGUCAUGGGGAUUUCGGUUACAGGGUGGCGUGGACUUCAACACGCCACUCUCUGUUCAAGUGGUUCAACCCAAGAGUGUGGCGGACAGAUGUGGUUUACGAGCUGGAGAUGGAAUCAUCACCAUCAACAAGACCAACACAGACGGACUGACGCACGAACAGGCAAAGAUGGAGAUCAUCCGCUCAUGCAAUGAUAUAGACAUGGUGGUCAUGAGGGGCGCUGUACAGAUCUGGCGCCCAAAGGUGACACCAAUGUCUGAUCUCAUGCCAACCGAGAAGCCCCAGCCCAUACAGACAGCCACAGGGGACCAGCUGUACACUGUCCAGAAAACCUCCCUCGCCAGGGACCAAGUAGAUGAGUCAUCCAAUAUUGGAAGCUCAUACAACCGGUCAGCAAAACCAUUCGGGGGUGCCCGGUUACAGAUGCAGCCCCAGCAACCACCCCAGCCACAGUAUGGCAGUGCACAGCCUGACUAUGGGCAGCAAUAUCAGCAGCAGGCCCCAGAAUCACCAAAGCGGGCUGUGCCCAAUGUAGUACAUGCUCAGUUUAAUUCUCCCAUUGGCUUGUAUUCAGCAAGUAACAUUGCCAAAACAUACUCUUCACAGACAUCUGCCAUUCAGCAGGAAAUUGAAAACCUUGAUGUGAAUGAUGCCCCUCUCGGCACUAAGAUGACAGGAACCUACCAACGUCUCGACUCAAACCCCAAUCAGUCAUUUGGAACACAAUAUGGCUCCCCAAGUUCAGGUGAACAGGCAUCAGAGUCACCCACAGGCUUGCCUGACAGCCCAUCUGAAUCCACUGAACGCUUGUCUGGUCAAGAGAAUGGAGUGAAUAGUGACGAGCAUGAAAAUUCUCAAACUAACACAACAAUUAAUAACAGUGGUCCCUCUGGUUUCCGGUCUGUGACGGCUCCCACAGCAAUGUCAAACCCUGCCCCACCUCCCAAGCAGGAGAACAUGCACUGUACUGGCUGCACAAACCUCGUCACGGGUGUAUUUGUGCGAAUCAAGGGAAUGCCAUAUCACGAGAAAUGCUUCAAAUGUGUCAGAUGCGGGGUCUUUUUGAAACAGAAAGGUUAUUUCAUGAUUGAGGGUCAACUUUACUGCGAGAUUCAUGCGAGGCAGACAGCACAGUCUCCAGGGGAGAACAUGAAAUAUGCAGGAGCUGUUUAUAGAUAAAUGAUCAAAUGAUGACUAAAAUAUAUGAAUUCAGAUCCAGAUGAGUGAAGUAGUUUCCAUAGUAACCAGUGUGUACCUGAUGACCCCAACAAUUCAUUGUGUGUUCAAUAUUUAAGAAAAAAAAUUAAUAAUAUGUAUACUUCAUUUUUUUGAAUGUAAUACAUUUCAUAAACUUAUCCAAUCCCAUUAUGAGUUCGUAUAUGUAUUGUAAAAGGGUACUUUUUAAAAGAAUUAUAUUAAAUUGUGAAUUAUGAGAAUGAAUACUAAUGUUCUUAUUGGUCAUUAUUUCAACAUUACAGAAUAUGAUAGUAACUCUAGUCAAAAAUACAGGUAUUCUGAACACAGUUUUGUUCAAUCAUAGUUCAUACUUGUGAAUUUAAUUGUAAUUCUGAAUCAACAGCCAUUUUCACAACACAGAUAACACACAUUUUAUUCCAAAGCAUGUUAUUAGUGAAACCUAUUUAGUUCUGGGGUGAUAUAUAUGUUGCACAAGGUGUUAAGAGUGAAUGUUUAUGAUAUUAUUUUUUGAACUGAUCCAUGUCCACACAUUUUGAUGAGCACAAACAUUUGGCCAUCCUCACUCUGCAUAUUGUUAAGUGCAGUAGUCUUUUAUAGAGCAUAUUCUUGUAGCCACCACAAUUAACCAAAAAAGUUAAUACAUUAAUUGAAAAAAAAAAAGGUUCAAUUACGAAACUGCGUUGAAUAUGGCAGGAUGAUAAAGGAUAGAGAUAUUUAGUAUGAAUUUACAUGUAUAUUGUUAAGUGCCAAUUUAUUGUUAAUGUUUGUGAUUUGUAUAUGUUUGUAUACUGGUGCUAUGUCAUUAUAUGAAUGGUUUGUUGAUAUUUAAAUUAUUUUGUAAUAUGUACAGGUUUUAUGAUGUUACAGUGAUAUUUUACGAUUGUCCCUCCCCACUGCUCCCCACCCCUCUUGCGCCAGCUAUUAAUGCCAUUAUUUUCUCUCUGAACAAACUGUUAUUAUUGGAAAAUAAACCUGACCAACUGACAAUCAAACUUUUAGCAAGUAUUUAAAAUACAAUGCAAGCUUUUCAAAGUUUUGUUCAUGUUGGCCUUUACACAACUAUAAAAAGAUAAAAAAAUAAUAUCACUUAUGAUGAUAUUGAGAAUUAUUGUUAUUAAAAUGAGGAAAGAUAGAUAAAUACCAAAUGAUUCCUUACACAAUUCACAGCGUUCAAGUGUUGAUAGGGUUGUCAUUUAAAGUUUAGAAAUCUUUUUGGACUGUUUUCAUCACAUUAUCUCGGGGUAUUAACAAAUUAAAGUCAUAAUAAAUAUUUAAUAUUACUGACAAAGCAGUUGUGUUCUCUAUGUUAUGGUAACAAUGCUUUGCUGCUUGUUGGCCCCUUUAUACAGCCACACUAGCUUUUAAAACAUGUAUGUAAUUCUGCAAUAUAUUCUUAUAUUUCUUUAGAAUAUGAAUAAAUUGUUUUUAUUUUCA